UUUCAUCAUGGCUCCCUCGAUAGACAGGAAAGGAUACUGGGGGCGGCCGACCUCAACGCUGGACUGGUGUGAGGAAAAUUAUGUCGUGUCUUUUUACAUCGCGGAAUUCUGGAACACUGUCAGCAACCUGAUCAUGAUUCUCCCUCCCAUUUAUGGGGCCAUCCAGACGUUCCGUGAUGGCCUUGAGACCCGUUACAUCUGCUCUUUCCUUGGACUGGCAGCUGUUGGCAUUGGUUCCUGGUGCUUCCAUAUGACGCUGCUGUAUGAGAUGCAGUUACUGGACGAGUUGCCCAUGAUCUACAGUACAUGUGUCUUUGUCUACUGUAUAUAUGAGUGCUUCAAGCAAGAGAACAGUGUCAGCUUAUUUCCUAUUGCGUUAUUAUUAGUCUUCAGUGUCUCAGUCACUGUGGUAUAUUUGCAGUGGAAGGAGCCAGUGUUUCACCAGGUCAUGUAUGGUGCUCUAGUAGCUUGCCUAGUCAUGCGUUCUAUCUUCAUUGUUACAUGGGUGUACCCUUGGCUCAGGGCACUGUUUUACACCUCUUUAGGUAUCUUUUUGUUGGGGUUCCUUCUGUGGAACAUUGAUAAUAUCUUCUGUGACUCAUUAAGAGCCAGUAGACAAACGCUGCCCUCUGGUGUUGGAGUGGUUACACAAUUCCACGCCUGGUGGCACAUCUUUACAGGUCUGGGAUCUUACCUACACAUACUUUUCAGCUUGCAGAUUAGAUCAACCUACCUCAAGUACAGGCCAAAAGUAAAGUUUCUGUGUGGAGUGUGGCCCACAUUGCACAUUGAACCACAGAGGACGAGCUGAAUGAAGGGAUGGGGACCAACUGAAAGAUGGUGACUGAUAAAUCCAGACAUCAUCGGCACCAGGACCUGCCAGUGUCACCCUGCAGCUGCUGGGAGACUGAGACAGGAAGAAAGUGGACCCCAAAGCACCACCCCAGGGACCCUUUGGUUCUGCACUGUGGGGAUUUACUAAGUACAGUUUAGCACUGAGAUCAGAAGAAAUUGAUUUUUUUUUUAAUCAUCAUAAUUUAUUAGACUAGUUUUUCUGUAAUUUUAUUGGAGUGUAGUUAUUUUAUUUGCUUACUAAUCUGCGAUGCAAUGAAUGAGUGAUCUGCAAAAGUGACUUAUGUUAAAAGGGUUUUGGACAUUCGCAUGGUUAGGGUUUGGGAACAGGGAAAAUAGUGUCAUUAAUACAAAAAUCACAUAAUGCCUGAAUAUUUGACUCUCCUAAGCAUAAAUACUCAAAGACAUCCCUUUUAGUCCCAAGUAUAAAUAAGAAUAUUUUGCUUAUGGGUAGCUGAAAGAACUCUACUUAAAGCAUGUCCUGCCCCAUAAUGUGUUUACUACAAAUGGAGUAACUGCCAGCUAGAAGCCUGAAACAAUGUAGCUUGGAUGACUUUACUAGA